CUCACAACGCUUACUCGUGCCCCUUUCUCUCACUCUCCAUCUUCUCUCUUGUUUGGCCCUGGAGAAAAUUUAGGGUUUCGGCUUGGCAUCCAAGCUCGAGGGCAGUUAAGCUGCCCUCAUUUAAGGCAUGUCGAACAACAAUGACGCUGCUGCUGACCGAAUCAAGGCAGCAGCUCUAUCAGCUACUAAAGGUCUGAGUAGAGCUCAAGCCGAGAGGGCAGCUGCGGCAGCCGCACGUAAUGUGAAUGCUUAUGGACAAAAGGAAGAAGGGCCAAGCAGAUGGCAGGAGCGGAAGGAAGCCAAGCGCCAGAUGUAUCUGAUGAGCACGGAGAAAGCUGUAAAAUUGGGGGAGAGGAAAGAUUUGAAAGUUUCUGGUGGUUCCACCACGGCAUCGUAUGCUCAGUGUCAGAAGUGUUUUCAGGCUGGUCAUUGGACAUACGAGUGUAAGAACGAACGGGUCUACAUGCCUCGUCCCUCUCGAUCACAGCUCCUGAAGAAUCCCAAGCUGAAGUCUACCAUCCAAGUUUCUUUCGAGGGCAAUCCGGACUAUGAAAAGGAACAAACCCGGGAGAAGGAAGACAAGAAGGUGAGGAGCAAGAAUGAAGACAAAGGUAAUAAGAGUCGGAGAAGGAGCAAGAGGAAGCAUCGGUCAUCAGAUACAGAGUCGGAAGAAGAUUCCAGUGAAGCUUCGGUUUUUGAGACAGACAGCAAGUCCUCAGUGACUGGUUCUGAUGAUUCUUCUGCUGAGAGUAGUUCAAGCUAUAGUUCUUCGGACUCGGAGGAGCGACGGAGGAGGAGGAGGAAGCACAAGAAGAGAAGGCACCAUCGGAGGUAUAGCUCAUCAUCUGAUUCUUCUGAAUCAGAGUCGGCUUCUGAUAGUGAUACCGAUGAUAAGAACAGCAGGAGAAAGAGCAAGAGCAAGAGCAAGAGGCACAACCGAAAGCACUAAAAUGAAUGAUAUGUGUCUUUUUCUUUCUAUUUGUAAGCUGUAUCUGUAGGAUUAGUCUGUGUUCUACUUCUUUUCUGGAUGUGUUGAUUUAGCAUUGCAGUGUUUGUUUAGAAGCUCUGAAUUCUGGAUUGAUUUCUGUCUCUCAAAUGCUUAUAUGAAAAUUAUGUCAUGACUGUGAGGCUUUGGUUUUCCUAUUUAUAUAAUUUCAAGCA